AUGUCGGAGCUGCUGCUGCUGGCCUGUGUGCUCCUCUCCUGGAUCAUCACCUGCCAGUCUGGACCAUGGAGACCUUGCACAGAUCUGUUACCAUUGGACCUCCUGUCCCGGGUGCUUCCUGUGUCCAGCAGGGCUCAGGAUGGGAUACGUAUGGUCCAGUCCAGAGGUGCUCGUGGAUUUCAGUUUUCUGGAUCUCCACAGCUGUUCAGCUUCCCUGCCUCUCAGCUCUUCAUUAAUUGUAUCUUCUUUCCCGCCGAGUUCUCCAUCGUUGUCACACUGAAAAUCCCACAAAUGGCUCCUGAGAAGAGUGAAUACAUCUUCACACUGUUGGAGGGAGAUUCAGAUGAGCCACUCCUCGGCCUGCGUCUGUCCCAAAACAAGUUCUACUUUCUACAGAAGGGUCACGGUAGCAGGAAACGCAUCACUUUUAAGGCAGUAGGGCUGGAUGAUAACCGCUGGCACACUGUGGUCUUGGCCGUGACGGGACGCUACACAAUUCUCACUGUGGACUGUGGCACACCUCUAGAGCUGGAGCUUGAAAGACCUUUCCCCGAUAAUCUUGAUACAACUGGUUCCACAUUCUUCAUUGCUAGCAGAAGAAGAUGGAACGGCCUAUUUUCUGGUCUGAUACGGCAGCUAGUUUUGUUACCUGGUUCAGAUGCUACCUCACAAAUUUGUCCUUCGUCCAAGGCCCGGCUGUCUGCUCUCACAGUUCCUCAGGCCCUUUUACACCUGCCAAUCAAACCAUCAUCCACUGACCUUCCCCUCCACCCUUAUGAGGCAGAGGUUCGGGUGACUGCUGGUGUGAUUCCUCCCUGUGGAAACUCAGAGGAGGGACAGCUGUGGUUUAACACACUGAAGAGAGGACUGUUUCUCUGUGAUGGGAUUAUAUGGCUCAAUAUGCUGCAAGUGAAAGAGAAGCUGGACUACGUGGAAGAUCACCAGGAUUUAUUUACCAACUCUGAGACAUUUGACAUUGAGGUUUUCCACAUGACUUCUGUAGGACUUUUCAUGGCGACCGCCAACCGUGAUUCCAACCUUGGAUCAGGAAUUUACAAAUGGACAGACGGGAGGUUUGAACGAUAUCAAAACAUCAGCACCUAUGAUGCACAAGCAUGGCAAUACUUCACAGUGGGCAAAAAGAAGUUCCUGGUUGUUGCUAACUGCAGAAGUAAGGAUGCAGGGGACCAGGAGCAGUCUGUGAUAUAUAAGUGGAGCUCAAGGAAGCUGAAAUUUAUUCGCUAUCAGACUCUGAACACACACAGUGCUCGUGACUGGGAGGCUUUCAACAUUCAAGACGAAACUUUCCUCGCCGUGGCCAAUCAUAGGCAAGGGGAGAGAAACCAUAAUAUUGACAGUGUAAUCUACAAGUGGAAUCCAGUUACUCAGUUUUUUGAGGUCAAUCAGACAAUCCCCACCACUGGUGCUUAUGAUUGGGAGUUUUUCACCAUCGGCCCAUAUUACUUCCUUGCAGUCGCUAACACUUUCAAUGGAAGAUCUACAGUCAUUGAUUCUACCAUCUAUAUCUGGCUGGGAGGGAUGUUUCAGCCUUAUCAGUUCAUUACAACCUUUGGGGCGAUAGACUGGGAGAUGUUCCAGAUUGAAAACAGGGUCUUCUUGGCUGUGGCGAACAGCCAGAUGCUCACGGAGGAGGGCAAGAUUCUGUACUCCAUCAACUCCACCAUCUAUGAGCUCAGCAUGACAUCUCAGACCUUCAUCAAGUUUCAGGAUAUUGAAACGAACAGUGCUUUGGACUGGGAGUAUUUUACUGUGGGAGAUGACAAGUUCCUGGUGGUCGCCAACUCCUACGAUGGAAACUCAUACUCUCUUAAUAGUGUUAUAUACAGGUGGCAGGGUUAUGAGGGGUUUAUCCCGGUGCACAGACUGAGCACCAAUGGCUGCAGAGAUUGGGAAUAUUUUAACACAACCGAUGGCUCCUACCUCAUCUACUCCAGUGCCAGAGCUGCUCUCUCUAAAGUCCUUAAAUUAAGGACCAUCUAG